AUGCUCACCUCCAACACCACAGACCCUGAAGGAGUAGGUAUAGCUCUCUCAGUGAACUUCGACAUUCCUGUGGAUUAUGCCAUUUUUAUUUUUCAAUUUAUCUUAGCAACAACUGCUGUUCUGGUACCGGGACAUUUAGUCAUCAGCAUAUUUGCCAACAGACCGCUCCGCCUUCAGAACAGGUUUAUUUUCAUGCUGAACACCAGUAUUUGUGACACGCUGGUGGGGUGUUCGGGGUAUUAUCUCGGUCUGUUUGAUGUUCAGGAAGGAUUUCCUUCUAGAAAUGGAACUUACAAUAUUUUACCUUCUCUUCUUGGGGUAAACUUAAUGACGUUUUUAUUUGCACAGUUUGACCGCUAUUUUGCUGUUUGCCACCCAUACAUGUACACGCGCUUCAUAACCCGACGGGUGGUAAUCACUGCAAAUGUCUACUGUUGGAUCUAUGUUUAUUUUAACACCAUCGUUACAAUUUUUUUGCCACUUUCGAAAGCGAUACAGUUCUAUGUUUUCGGAGUUGUCAGCUUGCAAGUCGUAGUGCUCACCAAAGUGAUCAUGACUAUCAAACUCUAUGUUGUCGCCAGGUACCAGCUCGCAAGAGACCCCCCCAGCGCAGAGAGGGAAAACAACAAGGAGUCAUUAAGAAUCAUCAUCUUUGUUGACAUUAUCUUUCUGCUGUUGUGGGGUCCUUCUUUUGUUAAUAUAGUUCUAAGACUGCUGUUAGGAGGGGGGCUGAUAUUUAGGAACGAGGCCACCAAUCUUUUUGCCAUUUUAGCUCGUCUGAGCGCUGUGUGUACUCCAGCCGUGUACCUGUGGGGCAGCCCGGCUCUCAGACAGGCCACGGUGAAGCAUGUGUGGGGCAAAUUGUGCCCGAGAUGCAGGAAGCGGUGAAAGGAAAAAUGUACCUAUUACUGCAAUAAAGACUAUGUUCCUUUCCCUCCACAAUAGACCUGCAAUGAACAGAGUUGAGUUGGCUGCUCCUCUAGUUCAGACC